UGUGUGUGAGAGGAGGGUGUCACUGCAACGGGAUGUUUCUCUUGAAUCUCUGCGUUUAAAGGAGGGAUAUCCGAACACGGUCACUUGAACAACGACAUCCCACAGUUCAAACCCAAAUAUGUAUCGGACUGAAUCUCAUUUCUUGGACUGAAAAUGGGUUAGAAGAGAGAUGAUUAUGUUUGAAACUCCGUCCGAAUGAAUUGAAUUGGGAUGUGCAUCUCGCAGAAGAGGGAAAACAAUGAGAAGAAGAGUGAACCGGGACGGGGACCGAUGUUUGUCUUUGAUUUCUUGACUUUAUUUUCUGUGUGGUGUUGAGAGAUGAUAGCGGAGCUGGUGUGCGGCGCUGUGGCUCUGCUCCUGUACGUGAACACACUGAGCGCUGAUUUCUGCUACGAUGACAGCCGAGCCAUCAAAACCAACCAAGACCUGCUACCAGACACACCCUGGACGAACAUCCUUUAUGACGACUUUUGGGGCACUCUUCUCACCCACAGCGGAAGCCACAAGUCCUUCCGUCCUCUCUGCACCCUCUCUUUCCGCCUCAACUACAUCCUGGGUGGCCUGGACCCUUGGGGCUACCAUCUAGUCAAUGUGGGCCUGCACUGUUGCGUCACCGCACUUUUCACUGCGUUCUGUCGCCCCCUGCUGGGAGGAGGACCAUGGAGCCUGUUGGCAGGACUGCUGUUUGCCUCGCAUCCCAUACACACCGAAGCGGUAGCUGGGGUGGUGGGACGAGCGGAUGUGGGUGCAGCAUUUUGCUUUUUGCUGUCACUGAUGUGUUACGCCCGGCACUGCCAUCUCAGACCGCUGGCGGAACAUUCAAGCGGGUCUGCGUGGAGGGCUGGGCUGUGGAUGACCGGAAGUCUGGGGGCUGCAGCGGCUGCUUUAUUGUGGAAGGAGCAGGGAGUGACUGUUUUGGCCGUGUCUGCUGUUUAUGACCUUUGUGUUGUACAUCAACUGAGGCUUCGGGAAGCCAUAAUGUUGGUGCUGAAGAGAAGGAACGUUAGCUUGCUGGUCAGUCUGGCUUGGCUUGUUUGUUGGGGGAUCAUUCUUCUAUUUGUUCGAUUUUAUUGGAUGGGCAGCAGACCACCAAACUUCUCCAACUCUGACAACCCGGCAGCCGACAGUCCUCACGUACUAACCAGAGCACUUACCUUCCUCUACCUGCCAGCUAUCAACACCUGGCUCCUCCUUUGCCCUGACAGGCUCAGCUUUGAUUGGUCCAUGGAUGCUCUUCCUCUGCUCAGAUGCAUCACCGAUUGGAGGAAUCUUCAGUCUGUUUUGUUCUACUCUGGAUUUGCUCUCCUGGUGUGGAUAGGAUUGAGAAGCCCACCUCUUCAGUCCGCUACAGUCAACGGAAAAUCUUACACCAAUGGAAAGUCGAUCACUAAUGGACAUGACAGCACUCCCCUCCAAGACAACAAUCACUACAGGGAGACCAAAUCUGUAGACUCGACCAAAAGAAAUGGUUAUCAUAAACCUCAUCCCUUUAAAACCCCACAGAAAUCACUUGCACUGCCGACGGAGAAUGUGGUUAUCUUUGCACUGGGACUACUGGCACUGCCAUUCAUCCCAGCCACUAAUUUGCUUUUCUACGUGGGGUUUGUGGUGGCCGAGCGGGUGCUUUACAUCCCCAGCAUGGGCUUCUGUCUGCUCGUGACCGCAGGACUGAGGAGCUUAUUCAUGCGUUGCAGGUCGAAGAGCUUCAGAGGUGUUCUUAUGAGCUGUGCAGCUGGCUUGGUUCUCAUCUACAGUCUGAAAACUGUGAGGCGGAACCAAGACUGGCAGACUGAGGAGAUGCUCUACAGAUCUGGGCUUUCUGUAAAUCCUGCUAAAGCUUGGGGCAACCUUGGUAACGUCCUGAAGAACCAAGGAAAGAUGGCUGAAGCGGAGAAAGCGUAUAGAAAUGCACUUUAUUACCGGGGCAACAUGGCUGACAUGCUCUACAAUCUGGGUCUACUGCUGCAGGAGAGAGAGCAGUUAUCUGAAGCUUUUCAUUACUAUAAACUGGCCAUCAGGAGCAGACCAACUCUGGCCGCUGCAUACUUGAACAUGGGAAUCAUCCAGGUGUCCCAGGGGACCAUUGAAGAAGCCAAACGCACCUUUCUAUCUUGCGCAGACAUCCCAGAUGAGAACCUGAAGGACCCUCACGCCCACAAGAGCUCGGUCACCAGCUGCUUGUACAAUCUGGGCAAACUGCUUCACGAGCAGGGCCACCAUGAGGAGGCCCUGUCCAUGUAUAAAAAGGCUGUACUGAAGAUGCCUCGACAGUUUGCUCCCCAGAGUCUGUAUAACAUGAUGGGUGAGGCUUAUAUGAGGCUGAAUAAUCUAGAAGAAGCCGGGCGUUGGUACAAGGAAUCACUGAAGGCCAAACCCGACCACAUUCCAGCGCACCUGACGUAUGGAAAACUGCUGUCGAUUGUGGGUCAGAAGUCUGAAGCGGAACGCUAUUUCUUAAAGGCGAUAGAGUUGGACCCUGCUAGGGGAAACUGCUAUAUGCAUUACGGUCAGUUUUUGUUGGAACAGUCUCGUCUGGGAGAGGCCGCGGCGAUGGCGGAGAAAGCUGCAGAGUUGGACAGUUCUGAGUUUGACGUCGUGUUCAACGCCGCUCACAUGCUCAGACAAGCCAAUCAGAAUGAAGCGGCUGAAAGGUAUUAUGGGAUGGCUGCAGACCUGAGACCUGAUCAUCCAGCUGCUCUGAUGAAUCUCGGUGCCAUCCUUCACCUUAAUGGGAAACUGAAGGAGGCAGAAAGCAACUAUCUCCUUGCACUGCAGCUCAAACCAGAUGACCUCAUCACUCAAUCCAACCUCCAAAAACUCUGGAAUGUCAUGCAGAAACAGGACUUACGAACCACUGGAUCAUGAUGUACUGCUGGAUUUCCGUUAUAUAUGACCUGCGGGGAUUGGAUCUUGUGUUCUAUCGUCCUUCAGUCUACAGAUGUUGGUGAUAUACCAAAUAAACUGGUUAACACUGAGAGCUUGAACUGGUCCAGUGAAGUUGUUUAAAGGUGACGGCUGUGAGAAGUUCUUUGUUGAGCAGCAAAACCUAUGUAAUGGGUCACAUUUCCUAACCAGGAAAUUAAGAGAACUGCUGGAUCUCUUUGUCCUGAGAACACUGAACGGGGUGGAUUGAUUCAUUGAUUCUCCAUGAACUAGGGAGAGUAAAUUUACUACCUGUAACUUUAAAUCUUACUGUUUUAAUAAUGAAACAACCUAUUUUUUCCCGAUCAUUAUUAUUUAUGCCUGCUCCUAAUUUAUUGUCAGUAACAAAUGAACAGUUUAUUAGUUUAAAUAUCUGUAUAAAGAAUCUAAUCUGUUCAAAAAUGAUCAUUUAUCAUUCUGUCCUCACUUCUAAGAACAUGUUGAAUGUAAUUUGAUUGUUUAAUGUCAAGACUUUCUUAUUAAA